UAGUCCCUCCCGGGGCGCUCUCGGCCGCGGCCGGCCGGCGGGGCCAUGCCGGGCUUCACGUGCUGCGUGCCGGGCUGCUACAACAACUCGCACCGCGACAAGGCGCUGCACUUCUACACCUUCCCCAAGGACGCCGAGCUGCGGCGCCUCUGGCUGAAGAACGUCUCGCGCGCCGGCGUCAGCGGCUGCUUCAGCACCUUCCAGCCCACCACGGGCCACCGCGUGUGCAGCGAGCACUUCCCGGGCGGCCGCAAGUCCUACCUGGUGCGCGUGCCCACCAUCUUCCCGCUGCGCGGCGUCAACGAGCGCAAGGGGGCCCGCGCGCGCCGCGCCCGCCCCGCCCCGGCGCCCGCCGCGCCCGCGCUGCUGCUGGCCCUGCCCGCCGGCGCGGAGCCGCAGCCCGGCCCGGCCGCGCCCGGCCCCGAGGACGUGAAGCCCAUCGACCUGACGGUGCAGGUGGAGCUCGGGGGGCCCGAGGCGCCAGCGCGCCUGGGGGGCGAGGAGGGCGCGGCCGAGGGCGGCCCCGCGGACCACUCGUACUCGCUGUCGUCGGGCACCACGGCCGAGGAGCUGCUGCGCAAGCUGAACGAGCAGCGGGACAUCAUCGCCCUGCUGCAGGUGAAGAUGAAGGAGAUGAAGGGCAGCAUCCGCCGCCUGCGCCUGGCCGAGGCCCAGCUCCGCGAGGAGAUCCGCGAGAAGGACCGGCUGCUGCACGCCGCCAGCGCCGGGGCCCGCAAGCGGCCCGGCCUCUGAGAGCCCGAGAUCCCCGGCCUGUGGAGUCCUGGCAGCUCAGCCUGCGCAGGGUCACAUAGGGAUAAACUCAUUGACUGCCAGCCUCUUCAUGGGAGCCAUCACCAGGGCUCUGUUCUUUCCAUCCUGACUGUGCCAGCUCCACCCACCUGAGCACCACUGGGUACCUGAGUGGGGAGGGGAUGCUGGCUGCCCACUGCAUUUCCAACCCCAUGUCCUGGUGGGUGUCAGUGACACUCUGCUUCAAAUACAGCCAGUGCCCUCUUGGUGCUAAGUCUCCCAGAGCUGCUGGUUCAGGAGUUGUCCCUGUGUUGUGACAGCAUUUGCAAAACUUUUCUAGAAGGGGCCCAUGUUACCACUAAGUGGAUGUAGGGUGAUGAGCAUCAGGAACUGAACAAAACUUGGUACAAUGUUAACUUGGGUAGCAGUCAUGCUACUCCCUGCCAAAGUAUGUUUAAAACCAUGACUGGUACAGUGUCCUCCAUAGAAGUGAAAAACUGUGUUUGGUUUGGCCUCCUUAAGCAAAGACGUGAGAAAACUUUAGAAGCCCCGUCAGCAUGAUGCUUUUUCAGUAAAUUACUGAUGCCGUUAGAGACUGCCAGUUCACCUGUGAAUGAAUCCCUUCAAACUAGAGUGCAACUGUAUAGUGUAGUCAUUGCUCUCUCUUUGCAUUACACAUAUAGCUGUUACAGAUUUACAGAUGCCUGGAUGCUCUCGACACUGACAAGGAUUAUUCUGAUCUGGUAUAAUGGCUUCAUACCUCGUUCACAUUCAGUGGCUACAGCUUGUCUCAUUGGCUUAAACAUUUGACUCCUCAAAUGUAACUAAAAGGCAUAUUAGUCUUUAAAACCCUACCUUUUUCUCAAAGACCUAGGUUGAAAUUUUGGCUUAGAUCACAAGUGGAAUGAGUUUAGUCUCCAGUGACUCCGCAUAUCCUUGUUACUUGCUUGUAAUCUACUUGGCGAGACUAGUUUUGGACUAGGAGAGACCGCCAACUGGAAUAUCCUGGCAUUACUCCAGGAUUGAGGAGCAUUAACCCAUCAAUAUGGGAUGCUUGCACUGUCUCUGGAACUAGACAGUGUUAGUCCCCCACUUUUCAUGGACAAUAAAACCAAAACUCUCUCCAGAAAAAUUGUAGGGGGAGAGAGGUGACACUUCCACAGUUUGGACUGAGCAUCUGCUUCCAGUAACUUUCAAUUAUUAGAAAGCCAGUGAAACUGCUAACUCAAUGUCCCUGGUGGUCUGAUACACCUGAAUGGCUCCACCUUGAUGCUUAUAUUUAAUGCUUUGCAUUUGAACAGUGAUACGCUUUAGGAAAGAACAAUUCACCAAAAGCGUGCCCUAUAAUUACAUCAGAAAAUGCCCAGACUCUUUGUUUCAGCCAAGGGGAGGGAGUUAAAUGGACUAACUACAGGUUUGAGAUUUUAAGAGCUUUCUCUUGUAUUUAGAGUAUAUUACACUCUAGAGUGGAUUGGGCUGCAGAUUUUACUAGAUUUUAUACACCUUUUCUAAAUGUAAAAAUCAUCUUUAGUUGGGAAAUACUGAAAUCUUUGUAGCGCUGGCCAACUAUCCAGUUCAUUCUGUCCCCAUAGCUGGCAUUACUAAAUCUGAAGGGUGCACGGGGGAUUUACAGGAGUGUAAUAUGCCCAGUUGCCAUUCAGUAUCCAGACAGCUAAACUAGACUUCAAUAGGUUCAGCUGAUAGUAUGAUGAGUGGUUCAGUUCUCUUAACUUUUGUGUAUUGACUCAGCUGGUUGACUAGGUAGGUGAUACAGAUCUAUUAAUGUACUAAAAAUAUGUAUAAUUUCAUUUUAAUUUAUUUUUCCAAUCUGAUACCUGGCUCAGACUGUAGCUACUUAAUGUGCAAACUUCAGUGCAAGUCACAACUGCAUCAGGUGUUCAUGGGGGAAGGACUGGCAAACAUGCUUGCAGCACUGUGUUGGAUUUAACUCAUGUAACAUGGUCAAUUGAUCUCACUUUGAUAGUUAUACUUCUAUCAAGACAAUAGGCAGCACAAUGUCUCUUUUUCUGGCAUAUUGUAAAUGAGACUAUUUGUGCCUCCUAGCUGCCUGAGAGUGUUUAGAAUGUGCAUGUUGUAAUAGUCGCCAUGGUACUUUUCUACCAUUGUAAUGCACUUCAGGACGUUCAGCUAUUUGGAGUGCUGGACUGGUUAACUGCUGGACUGUUCCUUUUCUCCAGGUUACACUGAGGUGCUAACAUGCCUAAUUUUAAUAAAGUCUAUUUUGUUUUGUUAUGUUUACACA